GUAAAAUGUCUGAAAAUUGAAGUUUUAAAUUUCUAGGUUAACGAAGGCGGUCUUUAAGGCAGUUUUGUGAUGGCAUUGCUAUUGUUCGUUGGGAAUUACUAAAACACUCUUCUUCAUUUCCGUAAUAUAUCUGAAACUAAAUGCACUGCAUAGUGCAAAAUAUAGCUUACUGUAAGAUUUUGUGGAUUUCAAGUAGAUCUUAUCAAGUUUUUACUCUACCAAUUAAAAAUUCUGUAUAUGAAUAAAACGUGUCAGUCAACAUUUCAUACCAAAUUUUUCAGACUGCAUUAUAUUUAAAUUUUAUUACCGAUCUUCGUGUGCUUCAUCUUAGAAGUUUAGUUUUGUGAGCAAAUGUUAAACGGCUGAAAUGACGACUAAACAUAUUGGGUACUCCAAUCCACGAAAUUUCAAAGAGAAGAUAGAACUUCUCAAAAUGAAAGAAGCGGCGUCUACAGCAAACUUUGCUGCUGCUAUGAGAGACGCCCAGGAGAUCUGCAAGAUUGCACAUGCCUAUGACGGCCUUCCAUUAUCACUUGAUCAUAACCAUUUAUCUGGAAGUGUCCCGAAUCGCUCGGGAAUCUUAAAAGCAUACUCCCUGUCUAAUAUUAGUAAUACUGACUAUCAGACGUUAAAGACUGGCGAUAACUCUAGUCAGGAAACCCCGUUCUUCCAAAAAGAUAUGCCGGUCGAUCGUAAAGAUAUACAUGGCUCCAGUGUAUCUAGUUCUCAUACCAGUGUAUAUCCAUCAGCAUCAAAUAUUCAUGAUGAACGAGUUGUUCAAAGACUACUACCUAGUAGUAAUGUACCAAUUAAAGAAACUAUUCCGGUUAAAUUAGAUGAAGAAUUAUCGCAAAAGUCUCAAAAUCCCAAUGUUUGUCCAUUUUUGUAUGAUUCAAUUGGUUCAAAAACUACCACAACAACAACUACAACACCUGAUACAUCUCAUCAUUUACAUGAACGAAAUACUUUUAUUCAUGAUACUGAUUAUGCAUCAUCUGAUAAUUACUUGUCAUCCUCUUGGUCUACUAUUCCACCUACACAACAUUCUGCUCCUAAAAGCUGUUUAGAUAAUUGGAAUAAUGAAUGUUCCAGUGUUGCAGUUGUUAGUCAACAUCAUAUUCAAAAGAAUUUUAAUUUAUUUACAAAUACUAAACCAUACUAUCAUAGUUUACAACCAAAAUCACAUAUUUCUACAAAUCCUUAUUUAUUUUCUACAUCACAUUCAAAUGUUGAAGUAGCAUCUACUACUAGUUUACUUACACAACAAUCAUCAUUAACGAAUUCAAGUCAAUAUACAUGUGAAUCAGGUUAUUUUAGUGCUGGUAUAUGUACACCAGUUGGAUUUCGAAGUUUUCCUCCUACAAAUUCUUUACAACAUCAAUUGAAAACACCAUUUUCUGCUAAUAUUACUGAACAGAUUAGACAAGCUCAAACACCAUAUUCAGUGGUUGAUUGGCGCAGGUAAUUACACAUUUUUAACUGAUUAUUAUUAUUAUUAUCAUUACUAUUUUUAAUAUCAAUCGUAGUAGUAAUAGUCUAGAGAAUUUGUGGAGAUUUUGGUGUUUUCAAAGUUUAAACUUCGAAUUGAUCUUCGCUAGAUUAUCAUUGAAAAACCUGGAAGUACUGAACAGACGUUUCAUUCUAGUAUGGGACUCCUCAGCAGUACGUAUUCAUGAAGUCAGAUAUUAACAUUAUUGGAUACUGACCCAAUGGUCUAUAGGUUAAACGCUUACGCUCCAGACUGAAGACCCCGGGCUCGAUACCUAGGUUCGGAGUCGUGGAUGCGGACUGCUGAGGAGUCCCAUCCUGGGUUUAGACGACCAUCGAAUGCUUCCAAUUUUUCAGUGGUGACUUAAGAUCAACUCGAUAUAUUAACUGUUAUUAUUAUUAUUAUUAUUAUUAUUAUUAUUAUUAUUUCGGGUGCAUACAAUCUUGGAUUCUCAACGAGAGCAUUCUAUUAUCUUGUACACUUAUUAUCUGUACACUUGACUUAAUUAACCAUUCAGUAGUUCUAUUCAACCACCUAUUCACUUGUUGUAACUUGAACAGUUGUGCAGUAUCAUUAACAACCAUACCAAAAAUUGUAACCCAUGUAAAUUUGAAUCCAUUAACAUGUAUUUGAUUCCCAAAUUUAAUCACAUUCUAUUUAUUGAUGAUAAUAUUUUGAUAUGAUUACCAGAACAUUAAAGUGUCCUGUUGUCAAUGAACGAGAACUCAGGUGGGGACAAUCAAUUUAUUGUUUAACACAAAAUUACAGGGUUUUCCACCCCCCUAGGUGGAUCCUCCAUAUCCGCUAACCCGGUUAAAGCACCGGACAUUCGCUUUUCAUCCUCUCAAUUUCUUAAACAACAUCCCCACCACGAGAAGGUAAUGAAUAGGACUUUCCUGAUUAGUGGUUGUAUAUGUGUGGUCAUGUGAGAAUAUUUCUUAAGGGAGAACUGAUUCUCCCCACCGUCAGCCGUACCAGGGCAUUUGGACUAGAUACCUGUCUCUACCUGACAUGAAUUAACUUUACUGAUCACAGCUUCUCACUAGAACUUCGAGAAUUCCCUCACGAAACUAGUCACUGAUGUCUGUUGGCAUAAGUAGCAUACACCACACUGUAACUGUUUCAGAUGAUGAAAUAAAAUUUUGCCUAUCGUUAUAUCACACUUUGAAAAUUCCGUUUAAAUCACAAUAUAAUUGAAGAAAGUAUUUUUGUUGUUGUUGAAAUUCUAUCCAAGAGGUUUAAAUUCCAUUAUAAUUGAUAUUCGUCUUUAAAUAAAUUUAGUUUAGUAAUCAUGUUUUGAUUAAUCAUUCUACCAUUUGAUUCCGUACGGACUUUGAAACGGAAUAGUUUUCUUAUUGUUCCCAAUUGAGGAAAGGUAUCUUCAUAUACAUUUAUGUUGCAUGUUUGUUUAAUAUUAUUACUAGUUGUAAUGUUUAAUUUCUCCUAAGGACUGCUUCUGAUUCAUCUAUCCACCAUACAUUAUCAGAUAUUCAAUUAAAUCCAAUUGAACAAUAUACAUAUGGUCCUGGGAAGACAGAAAAGUCACAUGUUUUAAGUCCUAGGUCUAUCAUGUCCAGUGAUCAUUACUUCAGGCCAGCAUGUAAAUUGAGAGGAGUUGAAGAGGAAGAGACUUCAAAUAUUUUAACACCUAUGGAUGAUACAGAUACUAAGCGUGCUUGUAUUAUUCGACGUCAUCGUGAUACUCAUCUACUGGACAAUAGUCAUUUAGUUCAUACGGAACUACCAACAAAUGAAUCUCAUCUAAUGCCAGCAAAAAGACCCUAUACAUGUUCAACAGAGUCGCAGUCAUCAAACGGAUUUGACCCAGUUGCUUGUGAGAUGAAAAUGUGCACACCACAUAUGGACAACAGUGGUAGUACUAUGGAAAAGAAAAACAUUGAUUCCACUGUCGAUACAGCAUUGAAACAUCACAAAAGUUGGAAAAUUCGUUCUAGUGUUUAUAAUCCUCAUAGUUUAGAACAACCAAUGAAUAAAUCAAUUUAUCCAUGUGUGUCCAAUAAAAAUAAUAAUACAAUGACAACAAAUUCAAAGUAUUCCGAACUCAUUGAUCCAUCUUCUCUACUAUCAACCUCAUCAUCUCAUAGUUUUCAUUUCAAUCAAGAUCAUUAUUCCUUUGGUGGUACACAUCUACACAAUUUACCUUUACAGCAUGCAGAAUCACAUAGAGGUAAUCUGGUUAAUAUGUUGACUGCAAGUGGAGAAGUUGCUAGGAGUGGAACAACUGGCUCAAGUGGUGUUGGCGUUUGUGGCAGUGGCGGUGGCAACAAUAGUAGUAUUCAAGACAGUACAACAGCAGAUGAUUUAUUUCUUCGUAACACUAGUACUGGUAAUAAUGAUUUGGAUGAAUAUUUACAACUCCCUAAUUUAAUUUGUAAGGCGGAUGAGUCUACCAAUCAUUUUGCUGGACGACGUGAUAGUUGUACUAUGACUGCAGAAAUACUUUCCACUUUGGCUAGUUUUCGAGAAGAAAUGGGAGAGUUUGGUGAUGGAAAAGUUCAUUCAGAUAUUGUUCCUGCUAGUUCCAAUUUUGGUCCCCAUUUCGUUCAUAUACCCAAUCGUACCGGUGUAUAUAAUCCUAUGCAUAACGAUGAUACCAAUCCUAUUAAAAAUGUUGUCAAACAGAAAACUACUCAUAUACACAAUAGUAUGAUACCUUCUAACUCCUUAAUGCAUCCUACUACUGCUACUACUAUUACUAAUAGUAAUAGUACUACUACCACUACUGCUAUUACUACUAAUACUACUGCCACUACUACUACUACUAGUAGUAAUAUUUAUACAGUUGAUCGAUAUAGACUUCAAAGUGCUCAUUUUAUUCAAAGUCAUGGUGGGGAGAUUAACAACAAUGGAAUGUUAACAAAUUCUUCUACACCAACUAUUUAUUCUUCAUGCGUACAUCAUGUUGGUGAUAAAAUUGGCAUAUCUAUGUCACCAAAUGAUUAUCGCCUUUUAACUGAUCCUAGAUUAGUAAAUUAUGUAACUGAUAAAGAAACUGAAGCGAAAAUAAUCAAUCAAUAAUUGUAAUAUUAUUAUUAAUGUUCUUUUUGUGAAUAAUAGUAAUCAUUCAUCACGUAUUUAAUUCAUAUUGUAUUACCCCGGUGUGUGUAUGUGUGUGUGUAUUGGCUUGUUUGUGUUUAUUUUUCAUUCAGUGUGUAUGAGUUUUUUUUGUUUUUGUUUGUUGACAAGCCUCUUUAUGUUCCUAUACAACAACAUCAACAACAGUCCUAUAAUCAUCAAAACGUAUCCAGUAUGGAUAGUUCAACAAUUUGUUUUUCUAUACAAACUAUUUGUUUGAUUGAUUAGUUGGAUUAAACUUUGUUGUUCAUAUCAAAUAUUCAUUUAUGAAUGAUUAAUUGAAUACCGCCUUGUUAUCCCAUUCUGGAGAUCAAAUCAAACAACAUACAUACACAAAGACAUACUUAUUAGUUACAUGUGCCAGUCAACUCUCUCUGUCUCUCUCGAUAUUUAUACAUUUGACAACUGAUUAGGGUUGUUACUUCUUUGCUAAGUGAUUGAUGAAUUAAUUGAUUCAUUUAUUCACUUACACUCAUUAGUAUUGGUAUAAUGUACUUUCUUCUUUUAAGUGUUUUCAUUGAAUAUCCUCUUUAUAUAUUCGUCUUUGUAUCUUCUUGUUAUUCAAUUAUUUUAUGUAGUAUGUGUUUAUGUUGUUUAUAUUGGUAAUGUUGUGUUGUUUUGUCAACCGAUUCAUUCAUUAUAAUUUAUCUGCUAUUCAAUAUUCUUGAUGACACCGGUAAAAGUAUGCAUAUAUAGGCAAACAUACUCAUAAAUGCAUAUAAAGUAUAUAAGUAUACACACAACAAGAACAACAUUUUCGAGUCUAUUCAUGAAUAUUACUAUUGGUGAUUGUUCCUUUAUUCUUGUUUAUUUCUGUCUCUUAGUAAAACUGCUACUUAUUCCCAUCUCUCUCUCUCUCAAUCCCCUCCUCUUUCAUUUAUUCUGUACUUUUCUUUCUCAUCGAUUCAUCUAUUUACCUAUCUAUAUAUAUUGAUCAACUGAUCGAUCAUUAGAUUGAUUGAUUUUACUGUUCCCGGUUAACACCUACCACCUAUUAGUUAUUGUUGUCAAGAUAUUUUGUUUUGAGUAUCUUUUUAUAUUUUUUUCUUCCUAUAACCCAUUAACCCUUUUAUCUUUGUCUCUUGGUGUUUUGGAUUUUGAUCGAUAUAUAUAUAUAUAUAUAUAUAUAUAUAUAUAUAUAUAUAUAUAUAUAUAUAUAUAGUUACAUUGGUUUUGUCUUGUCUCUAUACACACAUACUUCGAUAUUUGAACGUAUCCAGUUGAAUUUUUUUUUCUUUAUGUGUAUAUGUGUAAUAUGUGUACUGGUUACUAAUAUUUGUUCAUUAGUAAUUCUAUUCCCGGUCAUCAUCUUAAUAAAACGAUCCUUUUCCCUUCUUCUUCUCCUUCAUUAAAACUUUCUGAUCAUUAUUGAUCAUCAUAGGGUUAAUGGAUUGUUUUGUAUUCGACUUCUUCUAUGACUAUUAUCAAUAAUAUUUAAUAAUAUAAUCGAUAGAAUUGGUGUUAUUACUUCCUUAUUUACUUGUUUUAACCUCUUGCCAUUAUUAUUAUUAUUAUUAUUAUUAUUAUUAUUAUUAUUAUUAUUGUAUUUCUGUACGAUUCGUAGUAGUACCAUUUACUAUACAGACAUGAUUGUACUACUUUGAUCAGUGAUUUAUUUAUUUAUUCAUUCAUUUAGACAUUGACUUCUACUACUUCUCGGUGGUGGUUCUUUUUUGUAAUUUUAAAGAAAAGAAAAGAAAAAUAAAUAAAAAAAUCGCACAAUGUUUAUGAUUCAUUGAGUUAUGUGUAUAUAUAUGAAUGUGUGUGUGUGUGUGCAUGACUGUCGGUUGUGUAUUAAUAGUGCUGUACGGGUUUGUGCAUACAUGAGUAGAUGCUUCUAUGCUCUAACUGAUCUAAUCAUCGUUAUUACUGUUGUACAAGUCUUGUUGGAUAGACGCUUCGUUUUUCUUUAUAGAAAAAAAGAACACCUAUAAACCAUGUUUAUGUAAUGGACAAUAAUGUUCUAUUAUAGUUGACUAACAAAGAGAAAACAAAACCCCCACACACUACUGCUUAUGGUUUCUCCUUGAAUUUAAACUUUCACUUAUCUUAUUUCUUUUUUGUUUACUUGUGUGCGUGUUUAUGUAUGUCUUCCUAAUUGAGUUGUCCUACUUCUAUUUCAAUCAAUUAAAUGAUAUGCUGUGUAAGUGUCCGGUUCUCUGUCUCUCUCUCUCUCUCUCUGUGUUGAAUGGGUGACCGCUUAUUUGUAAUCCUUCUUCCAAGCGGUAUUAUUAUUGUUGUUGUUGCUGCCAACACCAUCGUCAGUCUUUUUACUGCUGAUCAUUGUUAACACUGGUGGCGUCAGUGCACAUUUUUCCUCCCAUUAUUAUUAUUAUUAUAUUUCUAAAAGUGAAUCUUUCAUAAUCAUCUCAUCACAUAUAUAUAUUGAAUUAAAGUUUAAUAUUAUUUAUGUUAUUACUUAUUUUAACUUACAUUAACCUACAAUAUAUUGUCCUCUAUCAUCUCCUCUAUACAACAAUGACUUCUUUUCUAUGGGUUCUUUUAAAAUUCAUCUUCUAUUUAACAUUUAUUGUUAACACUAAAGAAAUUUAUUCGUUUACAAUCAUAUUUAUGUGUUUUGGUGCAGCACAAAUAAAAAAACUCCUAAUGUUAGGAUAUAAUGUAUGUUGUUGUUCUUGUUGUCGUUUUCAAUAUGUUCUUCUCUUCCUCCUCAUCCUCCUUUCUCUCUCUUCCACACACACACAAAGAAGAACAUGCACUAUUUGGUUUCAUUAUUUAAAUAAUCAAAAAAAAUCAACUAUGAUAUAUUUAAUUUCACUAUUCAUUGUUUCCAAUUUUUCUCUCUCCCCCUCUCUUUCCUGAUCUUCGGUUAGUGUUCUGUCUUGUUUUGUUUCUCCUAGUGACUAGUGUGUAGUUUUAUUGAAGUGCAUGUGUGUAUGAUGAUUAUGUUUUUUUUAUUAAUUUAAAUAAAAAUAAAGAUUUAAUUUAUUAAAUAUAAUAUAAAUAUUGAUAAUAUUUAUUAACAAAAGAUAAAAUUGUAAUAAUCAUUUCUUAUUAAUAAGUAGUAUAUACUUGUAAAGUUUUUGAAUUAAGACGGUGAGAUUAUUCAUAGGUUAUUAGUAUUCGAUUAUAGAUGUCUUUAAAGCAUUGUUCGGUAUAUCCUGGAAUCAUCGAGUAAGUGAUGUAGUUGUUAGGAAACGGCUGGAACAUGUGUUAUGUAUGUCCAACCACCUACUGCCCUGACAAGCGAUGUUUUAUAGUGUAGGAGUAGGUUGGAAGAAAGUUAGGGGUGGGCCAGACCAAAACAUGACACAAAUCCAUGAAGUCACUGACACGUGGACUAAGCCAUGUUGGUAAAUGUAGACUACCUGGUUGGGAUCCGUGCGAUGAUAGCAACCGAUGGUUAGAGACCUUGAAUGACAUUGCUUAAGAUAGUUUGCAAUGGCGCAGGUGCAUCCACUCUUUGUGUUCUCCCAAAUUCUAAUCUUCUGAAUUCUUCAUGUCCCCAUGUUUUUCUCUU